AUGUUCAUUGUUCAGCACAGUGAUCCUCAGUCUACUACUAUUGGCCAAAUUGAGGAUAUAACAACUUUUCUUUCACUUCCAUUCCAAAGUGUACCAGUCUGGCAUAGGAUCAAAUUCAGGAAUGAGGACUUAUAUGGAACUAAGACCCUUGAUGUUGUGGCUGCACAUCCUCAUUGUUAUAAUUCACAUGGCCAAAUUACACAGAUCUUUCAAUUUGAUGCAGCACUGAUCCGAGUUCAGCCAAAGGUUGAUGCUAGCAACUUGGACUUUCUCCAAGGAUUACAAGUUGGCCGUAUUCGUGUCAUUUUUUCAAUCCCAUCUCAGCACCUUGCUCGUCUCAUUCUUCCCAAGGGUAUUGUGCUGCCUACACAUUUAGCAUAUGUUGAAUGGUUCACAAAAUUCUCUCAAAAACCAGAACCUCAUAGUGGUCUUUACCGUGUCAAACCACUUUUUAACAGAGAUGGCUCUCGAGCUGCAUCUGUGAUCUCUGUAGAGAUGAUACAACAAAGUGUACAUCUGUAUCCCAAGUGGGGUGGAGUAGUACCAUCUAUAUGGUCAUAUGAGUCAGUAUUAGACCAAAGCCCUUCAUUUCUUGUCAGUCCUUUCACAGACAUCCACACAUACUUCAAUAUGUCAUAG